UUUCUGAACAUGGGGGACAGCGGAGAGGUUGCGAGCAGCGGGGACACCAAACUGAGUAAAAACCUUCAAAGACAGUUGGCUGCCAAUGUAAGAUCAAGUGGAAUAUCAUCUUCACUGUUUGUCUGUUUUCCUGUUCCUUCCCUGCUGCAAUUCUAAGAUGGCUAAGAUGAAAACAGGACAAGGGGUGUUAGGUGCUUUGUAAAUGGGACAACACUGUGACAGUUCAUUAUGAUGACCAGCUGUCUCCAUAGGCUUCUUGGGCUGCGGGUCAGGGGUCACUUGGGAAUGGUGCCCACACACAGCCUUACUUCCUUUACUCCUCUUUUCCAGAAGAGAUUGCAUAAUGAAAAGAGUGAGCUGAAGAGGCGUAUGAAGGCAGAGAAAAAAGCAGCUGACAAGGAAGUUAAAGCUAAAGAACAAGCUGAGAAACAAGCCAAUGAAGCCAAGAAGGUUGAUGGAAUUGACAUGAGUGGAGAUGAAGAAACCCUUGAUCCUAAUCAAUACUACAAAAUUCGAACACAGGCCAUCCAGCAACUGAAGGGGACUGAGGAUGACCCAUAUCCUCAUAAAUUCCAUGUUGAUAUAUCCUUAACAGAGUUCAUUGAGAAAUACAACAAUCUGCAGCCUGGAGACCAUCUCUCUGAUGUUAUUUUAUCUGUAGCGGGUCGUAUCCAUGCUAAGAGGACCUCUGGUGCCAAACUAACUUUCUAUGAUCUCCGUGGUGAAGGAGUCAAAUUACAAGUUAUGGCUAAUUCCAAAAAUUACAAAUCUGAAGAGGAAUUCCUCAAAGUAAAUAAUAAGUUGCGCCGUGGUGAUGUUGUUGGAGUGCAAGGAAACCCAGGAAAGACAAAAAAGGGAGAGCUGAGUAUAAUCCCUGUGGAAAUGAAACUUCUAUCUCCUUGCCUACACAUGCUGCCUCACUUGCACUUUGGUCUCCGAGAUAAGGUAAGUACUUUGCUCAAAAUUGAAUGUGAGAAAAGACCAGUGAAUUCUGCUUAAAUUUCCUUUGACAAACUAUUAAAAUCUAACUUAAAUUAAAAUAAGUACAAUGUAAUCUCAA